CCGAGUCCGGAGAGCGAGAGCGAGAUCGCGGCGGGCCGCGAUCGGGAGGCCCGGAGGCCCGGGAGCCUCGGCCGGCCAUGAAGCUGCGGGUGCGGCUGCAGAAGCGGAGCGGGCCGCUGGAGGUGCCCGAAGCCGAACCGACGCUGGGCCAGCUGCGCGCGCGCCUGAGCCGGGUGCUGCUGCCCGCCUGGGGGUACAGUUCCGAUUCCCGGUUUGCAAUUACCUUGAACAACAAGGAUGCCCUCACUGGAGAUGAAGAGACGUUGGCUUCCUAUGGGAUUGUUUCUGGGGACUUGAUAUGUUUGAUUCUUGAAGAUGCCAUUCCAGCACCUAAUUUACCUUCAUCCACAGAUUCAGAGCAUUCCUCACUCCAGCAUAAUGACCAACCCUCUCUGGCCGCCAGCUCCAGUCAGUCCAGCACACAGAAUGAAGAGCUGAGUGGGUCAGUGCAGGAGACGGCAGGCCAGGCCCAUGUCAGGAGUGAUGACAGCAUGUCGGGACCUAGUCACACUAUGGGAGCGGAGUCGAUCCCCGAUGUUGUGGAUAUGGAAGAGGGAGUUCCAGGCUUCUGUCCCUCAGAGCCAAUGCUCUGCAGUGAGUCACUGGAAGGGCAAGUGCCACACUCAUUAGAGCUCCUGUAUCAGUCAGUGGACUGUGCUGAUGCCAAUGAUGCCUUGGUAGUAUUGAUACACCUGCUCAUGCUGGAGUCGGGCUACAUGCCUCAGGGAACUGAAGCCAAAGCUGUGUCCAUGCCUGAUGCCUGGAAGUUGGGCGGCGUGUAUAAGCUGCAGUACUCGCACCCUCUCUGUGAGGGUGGAUCCGCAGCUCUUACCUGUGUGCCUCUGGGAGCCCUGAUGGUCGUCAAUGCUACGCUGAAAAUCAAUUCCGAGAUCAGAAGUGUGAAAAAAUUGCAGCUGCUGCCAGAAUCUUUCAUUUGUAAAGAGGAACCAGGGGAAAGUGCUGCCAAAGUAUACAAAGAUCUUCAGAAGCUCUCUCGCCUUUUCAAAGAUCAACUGGUAUAUCCACUUUUGGCUUUUACCCGACAAGCACUGAACCUGCCAGAUGUGUUUGGGUUAGUGGUGCUUCCAUUGGAACUGAAACUAAGGAUAUUUCGACUUUUGGAUGUUCGCACUGUUCUGGCUUUGUCAGCAGUUUGCCAUGAUCUUUUUAUUACAUCCAACGACCAGCUCCUUUGGAGGUGUCUGUACCUGCGGGAUUUUCGAGACAGCACCAUCAGAGCUCGGGAGACAGACUGGAAAGAACUCUACAAGAAGCGGUACAAACAGAGGAAAGAAGCACAGAGAGGACGGCAUGCGAUCUUUCUGCCAUCCCCCCCUCACCCAAUCCCCUUCUACCCCAACCCCUUACACCCCAGGCCUUUCCCCUCCAGCUCUCUUCUUCCUCCUGGCAUCAUUGGUGGUGAAUAUGAUGAAAGACUAACGCUGCCCUAUGUUGGAGACCCGAUCAAUUCACUUAUACCUGGGCCCGGGGAGACACCCAGUCAGUUUCCCCCACUCAGACCACGUUUUGAUCCAAUUGGCCCAUUUCCAGGGCCUAACCCCAUUUUGCCAGGGCGAGGUGGCCCCAAUGACAGGUUUCCCUUAAGACCUGGCAGGGGCCGGCCAACUGACAGCCGGCUUCCAUUCAUGUGACAGAUAUAAUCUCACUUUCUAGGCUAGGCUGGGCUUUGUUUUUUUUUAAAACUACACGUCAUCUCAUUAGGGUACUGAUCCCUAGUGUUUUACGAUUUUGGUGGCGAGUCCUGCUCUCACAGAAGCCUAUCAGUAGAUGUAGCCAAGGCUUCAGGCCCAACAUGGAUUGCCUGAGGUUUGGCUUGGGACCCUUGGACUUACCCCUUCUGAGAUGUUCACGGAGAUGCCCUGAGCUGGGUUUUUCAAUAAGUAGUGUAAAUCCCAUGGCAGUCUUGACUUGAUUACACAAGGACCGAAUGCUUAAGACUUUGCAGAGAACCUCUUCUUUAGUCAACAGAAUGUUUCAAGGAUUUUUGAAUGGUGCCCUUUCUUUAAACGAUUUGAAGAAACUAGACUUAAUAAAAGAAGUAAGCAGAGCAUA